CGCACAGGAUGGCGGACUCUGAUCCAGCAGCGAAAGACGCACCGGCUAACCCGUCAGAUGCACCCAACGCCCCAGCACAAUCGUCGGCACAAACACACGACGUCCAGUCAGAGCCUGCGCCGUCGACUUCUGCUCAGCCAGCACCAACGGCGUGUGCGCAAUGUGGCAAAGCGCCCGAAUCACUCAAGCAAUGCAUCAAAUGCCAUAGCGUCUCGUACUGCAACAAGGACUGCCAGAAGGUACACUUCAAAGCGCAUAAAAAGGCAUGUCCCAUCUUGGCGCAAGAGUACGUGAAGAGUCAUGAGCCUAAGAUGGCAAGUCGAUCGAGCGGGGCAGCAAAGGGAGCAGCCAGGGAGAGAGGUCUGCAGAAGUGGCAGUUCGACACCUAGGGCUCUGCGUGAAGACAGGUGUGGAGUCGGCGUGGGGCGAAGAGUCGAGGAACUGAGGGCGAUGAAUGGAGUUUUGCCGGCGGCGAGGCGGUGUAUGUAUUCUGAUAUUUCACGCAUGUACAUAGUGGAAAUGUACCGGUCGUCUUGUACGGAUCCAGCAGAUGACUGGCAUUUUUCCAUGGGCUAAGGGUAGGCUGCGCCAACGUCUUCUGCCCGCUGUCGACCGAUGUACAGGGUAGCGGUCGCUUAGUGGCCAUGGUAGAUAGGGCUCCGGGUGCCAUGGCGGCUGACGCGCAGCACAAUGAUCGGCCGCACAUUUGGCCGCAAAAUGCUACGGUUCCAAUAUGGCCGGAAAGUGAUGAAGCUUAACCAGGUAGCCAGCGAACAGUAGUGCCCCAGGCAUGGGCAACAUCCGAGGUGAGCCAUUUGUAUGGCGGAUGGAUGUAAAUUUGGAACUUUAACCACAUGUGCAUAUGGUUCAAAAGG